UAUAACCUUACUUUUUUAUGUUAUUUAUUGCAGUUUACUUUUAAGUUUAAACAUUUAAUUCAGCCUUUGUUAAUAAUAUUCUAAUGAAUUUUAUUAUUUUCUCAAUAAGUUGCUAUGAAUUUAUGCAAAUUAUUUCGCUCAUCUCCAAUUUUAAAACCUAAAUUUUUUCGAUCAAACACGAGACGAUACAACGAUGUAGCUUUCGAAGAUAUCCCGGAGGUUUCCCCCAGUUUAAUCAAAAAAACUUUAUCGCUUAAUGGUUUAGGGGUUGAGGAAGGAUUCACCUGUUUUAUAACAAAAUGUUGCAUUUGCAAAAGUGGUAGAGCAACUUCUAAAUUGUAUAUUAACAAAACAACUGGUAUGUAUAUGUGCAGUGCCUGUAAAUUAUAUGGCCAGUGGAAUCAGCUUGAAGCCCUCCUGAGGCUUCUAAAGGGCAAAAAGUUGAAGUCAAAAGAGAAGUUUGAACAUGACCAAAAUGAACUUAAUGAAAUGAAAGAGUCUAUUGAAAAUGUCAAGCAAACAGCCAAAGAUUUGAAGCUUUUAAAUGCAGAAGAGUUUCUAACCCUUUUGAAUAAGUUUAAAUUACCUUGUGUGGAUUUGUCAUCUCUAGAAUCUCUUGAUCUUAGAUCAAAUGAAAAAAACACUAUAUUAUACUUCCCAUUGGAAAAUGUGGAAAAUGACAUAGUGGGCUAUAGAACAUUACAUUGUUAUAGCCAGCAAGAAGCUCUAAUACCAAAAAUCCAAUGUGGUGGACUAUUGACGUAUCGAACUCCAAGGUCAAAAGACACUGCAAUUCUUGUGCCAAAUAUUUCAGACUUUCUAGUGUUAGUCAACUCAAAAAUUAGUUAUAAUAUAGUGUGUUUGCCUGACUCUGUAAAUACACUUUCUCAGUAUGUAUUGCCUAGCUUGGAAAGGUUUAAAAAUAUAAUUCUAUGGUUGGGCAGUGAUAAUAAAUCAUGGGACUCCGCCAGGCACUUUGCAAAGAAAUUAGGUGAAAAAAGGUGUUCACUAGUCAAACCAAACGAGUUAUUACCACAUUUAAAACCGGACCAAAAUUUUAAGGCUGUGGUGCAAGGAGCACAUCUUAUGUGGCAUAAAAGUAUUACAAAUUUCGCGGGUUUGAGAGCAGAAAUUAUUUCAGAUUUGCAGAAUAUUGGUAAGGUCCAAGGGAUCAAGUGGAAGAGAUAUCCAACAUUAAACAAGAUUCUUAUGGGGCAUAGAAGGGGAGAACUUACUGUUUUGACUGGUCCUACAGGCUGUGGUAAAACUACUUUUAUAAGUGAAUAUUCUCUGGACUUGGCAAUGCAGGGGGUCAACACCUUAUGGGGCAGCUUUGAAAUACGUAACGUCCGAUUGGCGAGGACAAUGCUUCAGCAAAUGGCUGGUGUGCCUUUGGCGGAAAAUCUGCAGGCCUUUGACGAAUUAGCUGAUGAAUUUCAAAAGUUACCGAUAUACUUUCUGACAUUCCAUGGGCAGCAAAGUAUAAAAGUUGUUAUGGAGGCUAUAGAACAUGCAACCUAUAUCUACGACAUUGCUCAUGUGAUUAUUGAUAACGUGCAAUUUAUGAUGGGUUUGUCUGAGGAGACCAGACAUAUGGAUAGAUUUUGGAAGCAAGAUGCUAUUAUUGCUGCUUUCAGGACGUUUGCCACUCGUAAAAAUUGCCAUGUUACUUUGGUUAUACAUCCUAGAAAGGAACGAGUUGAAGAAGAUUUGACUACUAGUUCAAUUUUUGGAGGUGCCAAAGCAUCACAGGAAGCUGAUAAUGUUCUUAUCAUUCAAGAUAAAAGACUGACGUCGAUUAGGGGCAAGAAGUACUUACAGAUCGCUAAAAAUAGGUACAGUGGUGAUUUGGGAAUAAUGCCUUUAGAUUUUGACAAAAAAGCUUUAAGCUACGCGCAGAAAAAGCCCAAAGAGAAGUCUACUUCGGACGCAGAAGUUCCUAAAAGUCAUCAUGAUAGCUGACAAUAGUCGUUUUGUGUAUCAAUUUUAGUUUUAAGCUAAAAUGUCAUUGUAUAUAAUUUAUAUUUUAUAGGUUUUCUUUUUUAAAGCUUUUUUUGGAUGAAAUAAUAUUGUUGAGUAAUGUGUUUUUAUAUUUACUCAGAAACUGUAACACCUUUUGCAAUGCAUUUUUAUGUGUUUUUUAUAUAAAAUGUUUUUACAAUGUAUACCGAUAAAACAAUGUUCUUUUAUAAAGAAGUAUAUAUUUUGUUAUAAAAAAAAAAAAAUUAA